AUGUUAACCUCUACCGCUCUCUUUUUUCCUCCAGGCACGAAAAUGGCCUUGAAAUUCUUGCGGAAGAAAACCACUAAGCUGAAGAGUUUCCUACGCGAGUACAGCAUCUCUCUCUACCUGUCACCUUGUCCUUUCAUCAUCAACAUGUUUGGCAUUGCCUUCGAAACUGACGAAUAUUACAUCUUCGCUCAAGAGUAUGCACUGGCAGGCGAUCUCUUUGACAUCAUUCCUCCCCAGGUUGGACUGCCGGAGAACGUUGCCAAGCGGUGUGUGCACCAGGUGGCGAUUGCACUGGAUUACCUGCACUGCAAGAAGCUGGUGCAUCGUGACAUAAAGCCGGAGAACGUCCUCAUCUUUGAUAAGGAGUGCCGGAAGGUGAAACUCUCAGACUUUGGCAUGACGCGGUGCGCUGGCUCUCCAGUGAAGCGGGUGAGCGGAACCAUCCCAUACACCGCUCCAGAACUGUGCGACCCCAGCCGGCAAGAGGGACUGUGUGUAGACUACAGCACUGAUGUGUGGGCCUUUGGUGUACUUCUGUUCUGCAUGCUCACUGGGAAUUUCCCCUGGGAAAAAGCACUCCCGACUGACGCCUUCUAUGAGGAGUUUGUGCGCUGGCAGCAUCGGCGGAGGCGAACCAGUGCGGUGCCUUCACAGUGGCGCCAUUUCACUGACGAGGUGCUCUGCAUGUUCCGCUGCCUGCUGACCAUCGAGCCGAACCGCCGAUGCUCUGUCAAAGAGGUCUUCAGCUACUUCAACCACUGCUGGAUGCUCGACACGGAGAACGGCAACACCACCCAUGUCUCGGGCGGUAACCGCAACAACGGCACGGUGAUGAAUGGCCGUCAGGCUGAGCUUAGCUCUUCUUCCUCUGAAGAAGAUGAGUUGGUUGACCGUUUGAAGCAACAGAGCUUGUCGCCUGUAUAUGGGGUAAUUAAAGGAGGCAUCGUCAUGGAGCCAGUGACGGCGCACUGCUCCUCUACGUCCUCGAACAGCCCUGCUUCCUCCACUGGUGGCUACGAGCGCAUCUCCCGUGACAACAAUGGCAACAAUGGUCGCAUCCUGGUCACAACACCUAUUGAAAUAUGCGUGUAGACAGGUCACUGGCAUUGACCUACCUUGCACAUGUACUUGGGAUGACUAGAUGACAAUAAGGACACAAGUCUAUGCGAAGCAAACGCGUCAGAGGAAAAGUUAGUCGCUGAUGCACAAGUGCUUAGCAUCCCAAGAAGAGCUGACAGCUUGAAACACUUCCUGAUGACGAGUAUCUCUGAGGGAACCUGUAAGACAAUCACCAAAGUCUGCAGAUUGUGUCUCGACCACGUUUUCCACGUAUAAUUAGACCAAAACGAAAGCAGUUUACAUGGGAAACUUUAGAAGAAUAGAAAGAAAGAAAAAAACUCUUGUGUGAAAAUAUGAAGCA